GCAACUUUUGUUCCCACUGAAAUUGCAAUUUUUUUUCCUACCCUAACAUCAUAACCUCAAAUUCCUGUCUUGUUCUUAAUCUGAUACAUCAACAACACUCCUUUUACAACCAUAUACCACUUUUGUGUCUCAAUGGAUAUGGGUUCUGAGUUUCAUCUCAAUCAAGAAAUUCUUUUCGAGAUUUUGAGUCGAGCAACGUUAGAAACACUAGAUACAUUCAAAGUGGUUAGUAAGGAGUCAAAAGAGUUGGUUGAGGAAUCGUGGUUCAUUAGAAAUUACGCUGAAAAAACAAAGAAUUUCAUAGGGUAUAUUGUUGAAAAACUUGAACCCCAUAGAUGUUCUUACACCUUUGUAUCCAUCAAUCCAUCCUUGGGGGUUCCAGGUAUUUCUAUGGAGUGUUUUUGCGGGAUGACAAUUUUGGCAUCUUCUGAACAAGGAAUCUUGUGCUGUCGAAAGUAUGAAGAUAGAUCCCAUCAUUAUUAUGUUUGUAAGCCAAGCACUAGGCAAUGUGUUGAGUUGCCUACCCCAAGAGGACGAGCCAUAUUCCCGAACUGGUUUGGUUUGACAGUUCUUAAAUCUAAUCCCCUUCAGUACAAAAUAAUUAGAUUGUCAAGGCAAUCCGGGAAAACAGGUUUCAUAUGCCAGAUUUUCGAUUCAAAAUUCUGGACAUGGAGACAAUCGGAAAACAUCAUAAUGGAAGGCUGCAGUGUUUUUUCCUUUCAACCAAGUGUUUGUAUAGGCGGCAUACUCUAUUUGCUAACAGAUCGCAAAACAGUUUGGGCUUUCGACUCUGCAACCGAAACUCACUCAGAGUUUCUAGGACCAAUAACGACAACCGAAGACAACAGAAGCUGCUGCUGUGAAGCAAUCGUUGAGUACAAUGGAAAGCUAGGAUUUACAUCCGUGUACAAAUGGGAAGAAUUGCGUCUUUGGGUGCUAGAAGACUACAGGUGGGAGAUAAAGAAAGUAGUGGAAAUUGAUAAGAAGAAUAGGAGGUUGAUAGGGUGCAGUCUUGCGGACAUGGCACUGAUGAUAGGGUAUGGUCAUCAAGUGAGCGGUUCCUAUUCUCAUCAGACUAUUUUCCCGUUUAGGUCAGAUUGGGAGCCGGUGGAUUUGGAGGAUGGAUGCAUGCUGGGUGGUUUGGAAGAGAUGUUCACUAGUUAGCU